CAAUUAGGGAACUGGAUCUGCAGCUUCAUAUUUUCGAUUCAGCGACGUGAGCAGACCAUAAGAUGACUAAAGAAGAGUUUAAUUUUGAGGAGGGUGAAGACAAGGAGAGCGGCGGAGGACGUUUCUUCACAACGUUCCAAAUCGUCUUUAUCUGCAUUGCGGGAGCCGCCGUGAUAAUCGCCGUCGGGUGUAUGUGCGCCUUCUUGCCCGACCGUUCUUGCGAGCAACCUAUCGGGCCAGAACUCCCGACGACGGUCACCGCCGAACCAACCGAGGCGCCCCUUACGGAACCACCCGUGACAGAACCACCCGUGACAGAACCACCUGUGACAGAACCGCGCGUUACGACAUUAGCCCCAAAUGCAACUACAGAGCCAUGGAGUGGACGUUUAACAUACGAUCUUAUCCCAGAAAGCUACGAGCUCUAUCUCAAACCAUACCUCUAUGAUGACGACCUCGGUGAAGGUGAUCGUAUAUUCACGUUUGAUGGAAGAGUUAAAAUACACUUUAGAUGUAAUACGACAACCCAGAUGGUGACACUGCAUAUGCUGAAUAUCACCAUUCAUGACUCCACACUAACUGAUAGCGACGGGAAUGAAGUUGGUAUCGAAAGCAACUCGUUUACUCCCAUUUACGAGUUCGUCCAUUUUCAUGUUGCUGCUGAGCUCGAGGAGGGUAAAGACUACAUCUUGGAAAUCGAAUACCUUGGCGAGCUAUGGGCCGGACUCUCGGGGUUCUAUCGUAGCAGUUACGAAGAAGAUGGCGAAAUAAAAUGGCUAGCCACCACUCAGAUGCAGCCCACAAGCGCCCGUCGCGCUCUUCCUUGUUUCGACGAACCCGACUUUAAGGCCGUCUUCCAAACCCAGAUCGAGCACCGCGACGACAUGGUCGCCCUAUCCAACGGCAUCGAAAUCAGCGUAAAUGAGAGUGAGACCGAAGGAUGGCUGAUUACGGAGUACGAAGCCACGCCCAUGAUGUCGACCUACCUCUUAGCUUUUGUUGUCGGCUACUUCAACUAUACGGAAACAUACACCGACGGUGGAAUUCGGUUCCGAGUUUGGUCACGACCGGAGGCGGUGAAUACAACAGUAUAUGCUCUUGACAUCGGAUCUAAUAUUACCACCUACUUCGAAGAAUAUUUCAAUAUAUCUUUCCCUCUUGAAAAACAAGACAUGAUUGCCGUACCGGACUUUUCAGCUGGGGCCAUGGAGAAUUGGGGCCUCAUCAUAUACCGUGAAACUGCCCUACUCUAUGACAGCAGGGUCAACUCUGCUAGCAACAAACAACGUGUUGCUACAGUGGUCUCUCACGAACUUGCCCACAUGUGGUUUGGUAAUCUUGUAACUUGUCUAUGGUGGGAUGAUCUUUGGCUGAACGAGGGAUUCGCCAGCUACGUCGAAGGCCUUGGUGUGGAAUACGCAGAGCCUUACUGGGGCAUGAAUGAACAAUUUGUAGAUUUGCAUCUGCAGCCAGUUUUUGACCUUGACGCCCUAGGUACGUCACAUCCGGUCCAAGUUGCUGUCAAUUCUCCGGAUGAAAUCAACGAAAUCUUUGAUUCCAUUUCGUACAGCAAGGGAGCUUCGAUCCUCCGUAUGUUAAAUGACAUUCUCGGAGAAGAUGUAUUCUUGAGCGGACUCAACGCUUAUCUACUCAGGUACAGAGAGGAUAACGCCAAAACUGAUGAUCUAUGGGCGGCUCUUACAGAGGCAGAUGAAGGAAUCGGUAAUAACGAUGUCAAACAGAUUAUGGACACGUGGACGCUACAGAUGGGUUUUCCUGUGGUCGAUUUCCGUCGCUUUGACGAUACUCACUUCAAUGCUUCACAGGAACAUUUCCUCAUUAACCCUGAUGCUGGAGUCGAUGACAGAUACGGCGAUGUCGGAUACCUGUGGUAUGUUUACCUCACCUACACACGAAUGACAGGAGCAGAUUUUGAAAAUCCCAAUGCUACGUGGAUCGAAAAAGAACCAUGGACCCUCGUACACCUCUCAUCCCCCAUGGAAAACGAUUGGUUUCUCGCUAACAUUCAGCAGUACGGAUUUUAUCGAGUGAACUAUGACGAUGAAAACUGGGCUCGCCUCAGCCAACAGUUAGUAGAUAGUCAUGUGGUAAUCCCAAUCGAGAACCGCGCCCAGCUCAUCAAUGAUGCCUUCAACUUGGCUCGGGUGGGGCGUGUGGAUUACCCCAUCGCUCUUGAUCUGACCCUCUACAUGGAGAACGAGGAUGACUAUGUACCCUGGGAGGCACUCCUUGGUGUUAUCUCGUACAUCACUGAUAUGUUCAGCAGGCAUUAUGGUUACGGCUCGCUAGAGAGAUACAUGCGAGAGAAAAUCCAGCCAUUAUACGACGAUCUAACAUGGGACGACGACCCAGAUAAUGACCUUCACCUUGUACAAUAUAACCGAGUCAACGCCAUUGGCACAUCGUGUAAAUACCGCAACCAAGAUUGUCUAGACCAGGCUUCUACUCUCUUCCAAGAGUACAUGGAGAACGAUGCUAACAACACUGACAACUUACCAGAUUAUGAAAUCAACCCCAUCUCUCCUAACUUGAAGACGACGGUAUAUUGCUAUGGCAUCCAGGAAGGCGGGCAGGAGGAGUGGGAGUUUGGCUGGAGGAAGUACAUAGAAACCCUAGAUGCCAACGAGAAAUCAACAUGGCUGUUUGCUCUUUCCUACUCUCAAGCACCGUGGAUACUUAGCAGGUAUCUAGACUACUCCCUGGAUGAAGAUCUUGUUCGUUCCCAAGAUUCAUAUUACGUCAUCGUCUACGUAUCACGGAACUACAUUGGACGUUCCAUUGCUUGGGAUUAUCUGCGAUCUAAUUGGGAAACCUACAAACAAUAUUACGGUGAAAGUCUGAGUGCGUUCAGUUAUAUCAUUUCGGAAAUAACAGAAGACUUUAAUACCGAUCUUGAACUAGAAGAGCUUAUGGCUUUCGGGGAAGGCAAGAACUUUGGGUCUGCAACGCGCGCAUAUGAGCAGUCGAUAGAGGUAGCAAAUACUAACAUCGCGUGGAUGAGUACCAGUGCAGAUACCGUGGCAGAUUGGUUCGAAGAUGCCGCCCCCGCGAUAGGGGAGUAAACGGGAUGAACGCCCUCCUCCUCCUCCUCCUCCUCUUUCUUUUUCUCCUCCGCCUGAUCUUCCUCCUUCUCCUCGCUAGUCUCUAUAGCCAUCACCAUCGUUACCAGGAGAGCAUGAAGGUGGUGGAUGUUUUCAGAGUAAUGGUUAGAAUUGACAUUUGGAGUAAUGACGAGUUGGAAUGAUUGAGAAAAUGCAGUAUGGUACCUCUGAUCAUGAAAAGCCUAAAAAAUAAAUUGCAUUUUCCUGUAAAUAAGUUGGCAGAAGUACAAACUCCCAACGUGGCAAAAGCUAGGUCCUGAUUUUUGUAUUUAAUUGGCGGCAGGUAAUGAAAACGGUAUAGGCUUUUAAAAACAGAUGGCAAAGUUAUCCUUUGAUUUGAAAGAAAAAGUGCCCUUGUAGCUGUUGGGAUAUGUGGGUAUCUUGCUAUUUAUCAAGUAAAGUUAAACACUGUGAUGAUUGCAACCAUAUAACAUGGAAUUGUUACCACUGC